UGGAGGGGGAGGAGGGGAGGAACCUGAUCCUCGGUAGCGAAGGGCUGGAGGCAAACACCGAGCUCCCCCUGAGCCGCCCGGGAGCUGGGAGGGCUCUGCUACCCAGAGGGGCCCUCCCCGCGGGGCAGAGGGUGGGAAGGACUCAGAACGUACUUCGGAACGUGUGCCUGCCUUGAAGAGAGACUCGAGGAUGUGGAAAAUUUCACUCAAAUGAUGCUGUAGAACAUUGCUGGUGGCAGCGGCGGCACACAAAGAGUGUUCCACGGACUGACCUCUUUUUGUUUUCAAAUGAAGAGGAGCCAAGAAUAGGACCGCUUGGGAAGAUGAGCUGCACAUAACGCAUAAGGCUGAGAUCACAUCUGCUUCCCCAGUGCUGGCCUCAGACUGAAGACAAUGGGGGCAGCGCCGCCGCCACUGCAGCAGACUUCUGAUGGACAAGAGGCGUGAGUGGCGUCAGCUGUUAUUGUAAGCCACGGAGGUUUUCAGGGUCACUUGUUCCUGGAGCCUAACCAUAAUUUUCCUGAUGGAUUUGCCACUCCAACCUAUCAUUUGUCCACAAAAGUCAGUAAAAGAUGGCUUUCUGAGACUCUGCCUGACUCUGAAUGAGAGCGACUGUGAAGGUGUAAGCCUCAGUGUGGGUGCUGACUGGAGAUGCAAUCCCGGGACAGUGAGUGUGAUUGGAAAGAGGAGCAAGAAGAUGACAGGUGUUCUGCCAGAGGGUGCUUGAGCAAUCUGCAGAAAGACUGUCCGCCUCCUCCGAUGGCUUUGCAGAAUAUUACUGUGCUAGAUAGAGGAUGAACCCAUACCUCAGGAACAUUUUAGUGGAUAAACCAAAUGAUCAAUCUUCCAGAUGGUCUUCAGAGAGCAACUAUCCUCCCCAGUACUUGAUUCUGAAGCUUGAAAGGCCUGCUAUAGUUCAGAAUAUUACAUUUGGAAAAUAUGAGAAAACCCAUGUCUGCAAUUUGAAGAAAUUCAAAGUCUUUGGUGGAAUGAAUGAAGACAAUAUGACAGAGCUGUUGUCUAGUGGCUUGAAGAAUGAUUAUAACAAAGAGACAUUUACCUUGAAACAUAAAAUUGAUGAACAGAUGUUCCCUUGUCGAUUCAUUAAAAUUGUUCCACUUUUGUCCUGGGGGCCCAGCUUUAACUUUAGCAUCUGGUAUGUUGAACUUAGUGGCAUUGAUGAUCCUGAUAUAGUGCAGCCCUGUCUGAACUGGUACAGCAAGUACCGCGAACAAGAAGCCAUUCGCCUUUGCCUGAAACACUUCAGACAACACAACUACACGGAGGCGUUUGAGUCCCUGCAGAAGAAGACCAAGAUUGCCCUGGAGCACCCAAUGUUGACAGAUAUGCAUGAUAAAUUGGUGUUGAAGGGUGACUUCGAUGCUUGCGAAGAGUUGAUUGAAAAAGCUGUAAACGAUGGCUUGUUCAAUCAGUAUAUCAGUCAGCAGGAGUAUAAGCCACGGUGGAGUCAGAUCAUUCCUAAGAGCACCAAAGGUGAUGGAGAAGAUAACCGACCUGGAAUGAGAGGGGGCCAUCAGAUGGUUAUUGAUGUUCAGACAGAGACUGUUUAUUUGUUUGGUGGCUGGGAUGGAACACAAGAUCUUGCUGACUUCUGGGCAUACAGUGUGAAGGAGAACCAGUGGACAUGUAUCUCUAGAGACACUGAGAAAGAGAAUGGUCCCAGUGCCAGGUCGUGCCAUAAAAUGUGCAUUGACAUCCAACGAAGGCAAAUCUACACGUUGGGCCGCUACUUGGAUUCCUCUGUGAGGAACAGCAAAUCUCUGAAAAGUGACUUCUACCGUUAUGACAUUGACACCAAUACCUGGAUGUUACUGAGUGAAGACACUGCUGCUGAUGGUGGACCAAAGCUGGUGUUUGAUCAUCAGAUGUGUAUGGAUUCAGAAAAACAUAUGAUCUACACCUUUGGUGGUAGAAUUUUGACAUGUAAUGGCAGUGUAGAUGACAGCAGAGCCAGUGAACCACAAUUCAGUGGCUUGUUUGCAUUCAACUGCCAAUGUCAAACCUGGAAGCUUCUUCGAGAGGACUCCUGUAAUGCUGGCCCUGAGGACAUCCAGUCUCGAAUUGGACACUGCAUGCUGUUCCACUCAAAAAAUCGUUGCUUAUAUGUAUUUGGUGGCCAGCGAUCUAAGACAUAUUUGAAUGAUUUCUUUAGUUAUGAUGUGGACUCUGAUCAUGUAGACAUAAUUUCAGAUGGCACCAAGAAAGACUCUGGGAUGGUACCAAUGACAGGAUUCACACAGAGAGCAACUAUUGAUCCAGAACUGAAUGAAAUACAUGUCUUAUCUGGACUCAGCAAAGACAAAGAAAAGAGGGAAGAGAAUGUCAGAAAUUCCUUCUGGAUUUAUGACAUUGUGAGGAAUAGCUGGUCUUGUGUCUAUAAGAAUGAUCAAGCUGCAAAAGAGAAUCUGAGUAAAAGUCUUCAGGAAGAAGAACCAUGUCCAAGGUUUGCCCAUCAGCUCGUUUAUGACGAGUUACACAAGGUUCAUUAUUUAUUUGGUGGAAAUCCAGGAAAAUCUUGCUCUCCAAAGAUGAGACUAGACGACUUCUGGUCACUGAAGUUGUGUAGACCUUCCAAAGAUUACCUUCUGAGGCAUUGCAAGUACCUCAUACGAAAACACAGGUUUGAAGAAAAGGCCCAGAUGGACCCUCUUAGUGCUCUGAAGUAUUUACAGAAUGAUCUUUAUAUAACUGUGGAUCAUUCAGACCCAGAAGAGACAAAAGAGUUUCAACUCUUAGCCUCAGCUCUGUUCAAAUCUGGCUCAGAUUUCACAGCUCUAGGCUUUUCAGAUGUGGAUCACACCUAUGCUCAAAGAACUCGGCUCUUUGACACCCUAGUAAAUUUCUUUCCCGACAGCAUGACUCCUCCUAAAGGCAAUCUGGUAGACCUCAUCACACUGUGAACUGAGGAGUCAAGUUGAGGAAUUGCUAGGCUCAGAAGUGGAGACUGGAGUCGGAGUUCCGUGUUUGCGUGGGCAGAGGUGACGUCGCAGUAACUGAGGACUGCAUCAGAGUUUUGAAGGAUCCUUAUUAUCACAAGUUUUAACCCUCUCCUUCGUACCUGACCUCAAUCCCCUUUUCCUCAUAUUCCUGCAUUAGGCUAAUAAAGUGAAAUUGAUAUACUUCCCAUUUAA